AGAAUUGUGCUUAUUGUUAGAGGAUUCCCAAAAACUGUAGCACCAUCCACUCUCUCUCUCUCUGAGACACACACACACACACAUGUUGAACUUGUGAAGGAGUUAUAUAAUAAUCAUACAAUCUCCUAUCAAACUAGUGCAGAAACUCUCUCUCUAACUAGUGGAAUCAACAUUCAUUUUCUCCACAAAAUGGAAUAUGUAGGCUCUGCCUUGGAUGGAUUAUUCAUAACAAAAGAAGGUAACAGCAGGGGAAGGGUUGGACGACGGAGGUACAGCAAUGACGAUGGCACAGAGUACAAGUCUAAGAACCUCCAUGCAGAGAGGAGGAGAAGGCAAAAGCUCAGUGAUAGGCUCCUGGCACUACGUGCAUUAGUUCCUAUUAUCACAAAUAUGAACAAAGCAACCAUUAUCGAGGAUGCAAUUUCAUACAUUGAGGAGCUGAAGAACAAUGUGAAUGUUCUUCAGGGCCUACUUUACGAAAUGGAAGCAUCAUCUGAAGAGGGAGCAUUGCCAAGAAGUGAAGAAAUUGAUCCUGCCGAAGAGAUGAGGAAAAGUGGAAUUCAGGCAGAGGUUGAGGUCACCCAAAUUGAUGGGAAAAAACUUUGGAUAAAGAUCAUCUUCGGGAAGAAAAGGGGUGGAUUCACAAGACUGAUAGAGGCCAUGACUGCUUUUGGCUUUGAACUCACUGAUACAAGUGUUACUACCUCCAAAGGAGCAAUGCUUGUUUCAUCCUGUGUUAAGGGAAUUCAUGGUGAAAUAAAUGAAGUCCAGCGCACCAAGGAGUUGCUGCUACAGAUCAUUAAUGGCAUAUAGAGCAAUUGGAAGUAUUACUGAUCAGUCAUUGAACUGACAAAAUAAAUGGGCAUUUUGUGUUGGUUUCUAGUCGAUUUUCUGUUAAUACCUUAGUUAUUAUGUUUGGUGGCAUGUAAGACAAGGCUUAUUUAUGCAUUACUAAGAUCGAAUGCUUGUCAAAAUCCACACGUUGGUGGAGAAAAGUUCAUCAAGUAAACAAUGGUUGUGCUUUCCGGUUGUGGAUCACUACUUGAUAAUAAAAUAAAAAUAUCACCUUUUUAUUUCA